AUGAAGCAUUGCAGCAUCUCUCUGUGAGUCACUUUGAAUAAAGGCAGAUAAAAAAAGUCUCACACAGCAUAAAACUAGCUACGGUAGCUACAGUUAUUAGACAGAAUAAAGACCAAACUAUUCCCAGUAUCCAGAUCUCUCUCCUGUUCUUUGUGCUUGUCCCCCCCAGAUCCCUGCUAUAUCAGGCUCUAGUUCAGCACAAUGCUAUGCUUCAUUCCUGCUCUGAGCAGUUUCGCAAGAAUGCCCACGGCAACGCAAUGAGCAGCAUGUCAUUCAAAGCCCAGAGGUGGCCCUCAGAUAAAGUCACCGGUGCCACAGCUCCCUCUACGCCGGACGGCUCUGAAUGGGUCCGGGCAGACAGGCUCAGGUUACCAGAGGCACUGUGUGACUUUUACCAUAUAAAUGAAGCCAACGUUUUCUGGGGGGGGGGGGGGGGGGGGGGGGGGGGGAUUGUCUGUUUAUUGCAUACGGUGGAUUGUCUGUGUCGCCGGGGUCUGGUUGUCAGUCAUGCCAGACAGAAUUCAUUAAAUGAACUGACUCCAUUAGAGCUAAUGAGUUGUAGAUCAGUGGUUGUGGGUGGGCCGUGCUAUUCUGAACUAACAGACCAUGUCGAUUACUGGGUGUAAUUCCUCUGCACAGUGACGGCGCAAUUUUUUUUGUCAUUGCAUACAUGUAUAUUCAAUGUAAACUCGUUAAAAAUCAUAGUGCCUUCCACAGAGUCUUAAAUAAUAUUUUGGUCAUGGUACAAAGUAAUUGGUCUCAAAGACUCUUGUAAGGUUAUUACAUUAUAGUCAUUUAGCAGACGCUCUUAUCCAGGGCGACUUACAGUUAGUGAGUGCAUACAUUAUUUAAUUUUUUUUCAUACCCCCCGUGGGAAACGAACCCACAACCCUGGCGUUGCAAACGCCAUGCUCUACCAACUGAGCUACAUCCCUUAUGUAACUGAAAACAAGCAGAAUGUAUCAGGUUCUUUCAUUUAGAUUUCCAUAUUAGUUUGGAAAAUGUGUCUUUCCCUGACAGAAUGAAAAACAUGGCCAUUAUAUACAGUACAGUACAGUACACUUAGAAAAAAGGGUUCCAAAAGGGUUCUUCGGCUGUCCCCAUAGGAUAACCCUUUUUGGUUCCAGCUAGAACCCUUUUGGCUUCCAUGUAGAACCCUCUGUGGAAAGGGUUCUACCUGGAACCAAAAAGGGUUCUUCAAAGGGUUCUCUUAUGGGGACAGCCGAAUAACCCUUUUAGGUUCUAGAUAGCACCUGUUUUUCUAAGAGUGUAGGAGAGAAAUCUGGCAAGGUUCAAGGCAAUUGGCUGACAACCUACAUGCUUUCGUUCUCCAUUCUUCUUCUAGGCCCGCUGACUGUGACUAUGCUGAUGAAUGUACAGCUCAAAACUGUAUUCUGUAGAUAUUCUCUGAGUGUAUAUUACGAGCAGCUCUGCUAAGUUCUUUGCCUCUUCAUCCAUACAUACAUUUGUCUAGCUUCAGGAGAAAGACUGUCUGGCGUGGUGUGUUCUCAAUGAUUCUGUGGGGAUGAUUCUGUGGAUGAUUCUGUGGAUGAUACUGUGUGUUCUGUCUGGUUGAUUUAUAGUAGCAGUCAGACUGUGACAGUAACGAGGUGUUGUUGGAGAAGAGCUGUGUGGUGAGGAGCUAACUCUUUCUCUCUGCCCACAUGGCUAUCCACUGUCCUUACAAUGCUGCCUCUACGAGAGGGUGUAGAGGGAUUACACUGGAAUGUAUUGGAGAUUCCUGGGGGAGCAAUACUGAGCGAGGGUUUAGUGUUCUGUUCACGGAUGGCUGUGCCAAAGUCAUUGAGUUUAAUACUCUAAGACCCUAAUCUAGUUUUUAGUUUUCACAUGGGAAACCACACAUGGUAACACUAAUACAGACAGUAUAUCACCUCAGCUGCAUGUGAGGAAUAUGUGUUAAUAUGUCUCACUGUGGUUUGAUGAAAUAUAUUUAUUGAGCACUGUUUUGUUCAAACCAGUGGGUUCCACACUGUACAAUGAAUCCCACAGGUCCUGUGCAUCACAUGUGUGUACCGGUAUGUAACGAUGUGAGUAUAUCACACUGGGCAUCCCUCUCCCAUGUCAGUGUGUUUAGAGUGGCUUGAUGGGCUGCUUUACAAACCCUGUGCCUGACUCACCAUGCGAGGGAAAUAUCGUGGCACCCUCCUCACGAGCCGGACGCGGAGUCACUCACAUUCGGAGACUUGAAACCCACUCUUUAGGAAUACCUGGAAGGCAAGUUUCUUCUAACCAACCCCCCCCCCCCCCAAAUUGGUGCCAUGGCUAUAGAACCACCAUUGUGAUCUGUAAAGAGACGUAAUGUGCCCUGAAGGCACUUAACCCAAUGUCCGUAAUGCUCUGGUAAGAGCUUCAAAGACUAAAAUUAAAAAUGUAAAAUUACUUUCCACAGGUGCAUGAACACUGAAGAGAAGCUGAAGAUAAAAAUAUCACUUGAAGGACAGUUAGUAGCUUUAGAAAUAAUCUGUUAUUGUUCAAGCCAUUUGCUUUGGUUGCAUGCCUUCAUCGGGUUAUUUGUGUCUUUCUCUCUCCCCAUAGGCAGGUGCCAGGACCGAGCUGGGGGCCACAGAGAGCCAGACAGACAGUCCUGAUGGCAGAAGCCUGGAAGGCAGUCUGCUCUGAACACGUGCUCUAGGAGCCAGGUGCCACACUUCACGGGGAAACACUGCACAGGUGAGCUGAACAAUAUUUGUUUUUAAAUCUUGAAUCCAAUUCAAAUUUGAAUAACUUUCUUUUCAUAAAGCUUUACAUGAGAGAAGUUAAAUGUUAAAAUCAGUUAAGAUCUCUGUGUGGGUCACGAUCUCAAAAAGGGUCACCUGUUUAGAGAGUUUUCCCUGGUCAGGUCACUAUAAAAACUCCUGGUGUAGUUAGAGUACAACACACUGUAAUGAUGCUUUCAAUGCCACCACAAGAGUAAAUAUGUUUUUCUAGCUGCACAGUAUGUAUUGUGUAAAACAUAGUGUCGACAACCACACAGCUGUUGUUGUAUCUCUCAAUCCCUGCAUGGUACUGCCAUCACACUGACCCCACACUGUGACAAUAGUGUCACACAUUAUAAUCCUCAAGCUACCUUUCUCUAUGGAUGAAUAGGACAAAGUUCCUCACCUAUUUUGAAACCACCUGCCUGUAUGAUGGAAGAAGCGGAAUCCAAAGUCAGUAUCUACAAUUCUUAAACAGGAUUUGAUCCCUAAUGUUGGUGUCUGUGUGUGUUUGAUCCCUAAUGUUGGUGUCUGUGUGUGUUUGAUCCCUAAUGUUGGUGUCUGUGUGUGUUUGAUCCCUAAUGUUGGUGUCUGUAUGUGUUUGAUCCCUAAUGUUGGUGUCUGUAUGUGUUCGAUCCCUAAUGUUGGUGUCUGUGUGUGUUCGAUCCUGCCAGGUGUGUGUGUCCAUGAGGUCAUCCAUGCUGGUCCUGCUCCUCAUGGUCAGUGCCCAGGCAGUGGCCACCAUGGGAGGGGACUUCUGCCCCCCGGUCUCCGCUCAGCGGCAAGGACCUGCCCCCAAAAGGACCCCUAACUCUGCCCCCACCGUGGAUCCCAAACUGUUCACCAAGCGACGCUACCAUUCGCCCCGCGUUCUCUUCAGCGCCCAGCCGCCCCACACAGAGCCCAUGGGACGCCAGUGGUCCGGGGCCAGCAGGGGAAGGCGCAGGGUUGGCCAGCCGAAGCACCGGGGGGUGUACUCUGUGUGUGAGAGCGUCAGCGUCUGGGUAGGCAACAAGACCAAGGCCACGGAUAUAUCUGACAACGAAGUGGAGGUGCUCCCGGACGUCAACAUUAACAACGUGAAGAAGAAGCAGUACUUUUUUGAGACCAUGUGCCGUGGCGCACGGGGGGGCAGCACUGGCUGCCUGGGCAUCGAUGGGCGACACUGGAACUCCUACUGCACCAACUCGCACACCUUUGUGCGGGCGCUGACUUCCUUCAAAAACCUGGUGGCCUGGAGACUGAUCCGCAUCAAUGUGGCAUGUGUCUGUGUGCUUAGCCGAAAGUCCUGGCGACAGUGACCGUGCUCUCACUGGUCAUGUGGUCACUGCAGUACUGAUGACAGGACCACUUGGUACUAUCAUGUGGUCACUCCAGUACUGCAGUCCCAACCACCCACCACCAACCCACUGGAGUGCUCUGAGACUCUGCCCCACCACAGCCCUCACCUAGCCCUCUGCACAGAGUAA